AUGGACACGCCUAAUGGACGCUUUGAGCCCGGUGAAAGGCUUUGCGUGGAGGCUUGCGACGCGCAAUGGAGUGCGGCUUGGACAACUCGAUCUUUCAUGACCGCCUUUCACGCGUUUAUGAACAGCGAAAAGCCUGGCGAUGGUGUCAUCUUGUCGCCUCCAUCUGAUGAGAAAAAGCGUCGAUUAGCCUCCGAAUCGCAUUAUUUUAAUAGCCAAAAUGAACUCUUCGUUCAACACUUUCCUCAACUACUUCGAUCGAAUCCGGGAGUGGAA